AUGGCCUCAGACGAUGAUUUAAAGCUUCCAACUGAAAUCAAAAUUGCUAUUAACUGUGAUUCUUUUUGGGAUUCUCUUACAAUAUUAUAUAAAUUACUUUGUCUUUUUUGUGGAGCUCUUGAUUUUAUGCAAUACGACAAAGCUCAUCUUCAUAAUUUUGAUACUGAGCCAAAUUGUUUGCUUCGCAAACUUGAACUUUAUAAACAGCAAAAGUAUCCUUUUACUGAAAAAACCUUUAACCAUUUUAAAGGAGAUAUAGUUCUUUGGUGGUCUUAUAAUUCUAGUGCUAUACCAGAACUGUGUUAUGUUGCAUGCCAAUUAUUUGGUAUAUGUGUUACAACUACUUCUAAUACAAAAGUUGUUGCAAUAAGUCAUACUGAAAUCUUAUGA